AUGAAUGAAAUUAUUUAUGAUAAAGUACUAGAAAGUGCUGGACGUAGUCAGAUUCUCGUUUUUGUUCAUUCACGUAAAGAAACGGCAAAAACAGCAAAAGCUAUCCGUGAUGCUUGCAUAGAAAGAGAUUCAAUAAGUAAAUUUCUUCGUGAAGGAAGUGCUUCUACAGAAGUUUUGCGCACUGAAGCUGAACAGGCUAAAAAUAUGGAUUUGAAAGAUUUACUCCCUUAUGGUUUUGCUAUUCACCAUGCUGGAAUGAAUAGAUUGGAUAGAUCUUUGGUAGAAGACCUUUUUGCUGAUAAACAUAUUCAGGUUCUUGUUUCAACAGCAACUUUAGCCUGGGGUGUAAAUUUACCAGCACAAACAGUCAUCAUAAAAGGAACACAAGUUUAUAACCCACAAAAAGGUUGUUGGACAGAAAUUGGUCCAUUAGAUAUAAUGCAAAUGAUGGGAAGAGCUGGUCGUCCUCAACACAAUGCUUUGGGAAAAGGAAUUUUGAUAACACAUAAUACUGAACUUCAAUAUUAUUUGUCACUUAUGAAUCAGCAGCUUCCAAUUGAAAGUCAAAUGAUUGCAAAAUUGCCAGAUACAUUAAAUGCUGAAGUUGUUCUUGGAACAGUUACAAAUGUUACGGAGGCAAUGGAAUGGUUAACUUAUACAUAUUUAUAUGUUAGAUUGUGUAAAGCACCAGCACUUUAUGGGAUUCAAGUUGAUGAAAAUGAUAAACUUUUGGAAAAACCUCGUGCUGAUUUGGUCCACACUGCUUGUUUAUUACUUGAUAAAGGAAAUUUGAUUCGUUAUGAUAGAAAAACUGGUUUAAUACAGGCGCAAGAAUUGGGGCGUAUAGCUUCACAUUAUUAUUGCACAUAUGAAAGUAUGGAUACUUACAAUAAAUUGUUGAAAGAUACAUGUACUGAAAUUGAUUUAUUCCGAAUAUUUUCACUUUCUUCUGAAUUUAAACAAAUUCAUGUACGUGAAGAAGAAAAAUUGGAAUUACAAAAAUUGGCUGAAACAGUCCCAAUUCCAAUAAAAGAAUCGCUUGAUGAGCCUAGUGCUAAAGUUAAUGUGCUUUUACAGGCUUACAUUUCUCAACUUAAAUUGGAAGGAUUUGCUCUUCAAAGCGAUAUGGUAUUUAUCUCGCAAUCUGCUGGUCGUUUGUUUAGAGCACUUUUCGAAAUUGUUUUAUGGAGAGGAUGGGCACAACUUGCUUUGAAAAUUUUGGGAUUAUGUAAAAUGGUUAAUGCAAGACAAUGGCAAUCACUUAAUCCUUUACAUCAAUUCAAAAAAUUACCAACAGAAGUUGUUCGAACUUUAGAUAAAAAGAAUUUGCCAUUUGAUCGCCUUUAUGAUUUGGAUGUUCAUCAAUUGGGAGAAUUACUUCGUGUACCAAAAAUGGGAAAACCUUUAUAUAAAUUUAUUAGACAGAUUCCCAAAUUGGAUAUGACAACAUUAAUAUUGCCAAUAACGCGUUCUACACUUCGUGUUGAAUUAACAAUAACACCAGAUUUUCAAUGGGAUGAAAAAAUUCAUGGAAGUUCUGAAGGUUUUUGGAUAUUUGUUGAAGAUGUUAAUGGAGAAAUUAUAUUGCAUCAUGAAUAUUUUCUUCUUAAACAAAAAUAUUGCACAGAAGAGCAUAUUGUCAAAAUGUUUGUUCCAGUUUUUGAUCCUCUCCCUCCCCUCUAUUUUAUUCGAAUUGUUUCUGAUCGUUGGUUAGGAAGUGAAACUGUUUUACCAGUCUCUUUCCGCCAUUUAAUUUUGCCAGAAAAGUAUCCACCACCAACAGAAUUGUUAGAUUUGCAACCUUUACCAAUUUCUGCUUUAAAUAAUCCACAAUUUGAACAAAUAUUUGAAAAACGUGGAAUUCAUUAUUUUAAUCCAAUUCAAACACAAGUUUUUCGUACCUGUUAUGAAACAAACGAAAAUGUUUUUAUUGGAGCACCAAAUGGUAGUGGAAAAAGUGUUUGUGCUGAAUUUGCAUUACUUCGACAUUUUGAAAAUAAUCCAAAUGGUAAAGCUGUUUAUUGUACGAGUUUAGAUGAUUUGGCUAAAAAUGUAAGAGAGAAAUGA